UGCCGCAUAGCAAGCAGUCAUUCAGACCCCCUGAGAGUUCGAGUUAUUCACUUCCCUGCGAAUGCUAGGCUCAUCCGAAAAGCGAAACAGAGCUCAAGACGGAGGCUUUUCCUUCUCAUACCCUAAAAUUUUCAGCAUUUUGAUCUGCUUUGGGCAAAAGGAAAAAGGAAGUAGAAAGUUUGGUCUGAGCAUAAAUGGAACAGAUUGAUAAUUCCAUUCGGAACCAAAUAGCGGCGCUAACACGAGUUAUGAAUGUGACGAGGUGGUUUAAAGAGGAUAAUGUUCCUACUAAAAUUGAAGAGGGUCGUUUGGACUUUUAGUUUUCCUAUUUUUAUUUUUCAGGGCCUCUUCCUCGGUUCUGUUGGAGCUGCUAAUAAUAAGGAUGCACUGAAAGCCUUAAACAUCACGCACAUUUUAACUGUGGCCAAGUCAUUGGGACCUGCAUAUCCAAAUGAUUUUGUGUAUAAGGUUGUAAAUGUUAUGGAUAAAGAAGAAGAAAACCUAAAACAGUACUUCGACGAGUGUUUCAAUUUUAUUGAAGAAGCUAAAAGAAUGGCUGGUGGGGUGUUGGUCCAUUGCUUUGUGGGAAGAUCCAGAAGUGUGACUAUUGUUGUUGCAUAUAUGAUGAGGAAACAUGGUAUGAGCCUGUCUCAAGCCCUGGACCAUGUUAAAAGCAGACGACAACAGGCAUCUCCUAAUGCCGGUUUCAUCUCACAACUUGAGGAUUAUGAAAAGUCUCUUCGUGCUCACCAAGAGAAGACGAAGUAAAGCACGUACUGGAAGGACUUGGUGCUAAAGACUUGUGUCAGUUUAAUUAAUUUGAAUAUAGCCUUAAUUAUAUAUUAUUUUUAUGUAAUAUAACAUAACUAAUCUAUGUUAACAAUAUAUUUUAUUUAAAUUUA